CCAUAUACAACGACAUUGCACGGGAUGGAUUUAUCUGUUUUGAAAUCCAACAAGGACGCCAUCGGCCCAUAUAAAAGCUCCAUUAUAACGGUGGAACAGUACCACUGCAGUUUUGAAUUUUCGUUUAAUAGGUAGUGCUUCUAAAGUUAUUCAAAAUGAAACUUUUGGUUGUCGUAGCUGUUUUUUCCACUUUUUGUUUGGUUCACGGGCGUCCAAGCUGGUUGGGACCAGUGGGAGUGACCCUUGUGGGACCUGGAGAACCUGGAAUUCUUUUGAAGGGACCCUCUUCGGCUACUACGGUUCUUGGACCUGAUGGUAGUGCCAUUUCUGCAAGUGCUAUCGGUGGCGCUGUUGCAGCCGGACCAAAAGCCGGCGGAGUAGUAACAGCGGCUGUGUCCCCAGGGAUCGUAGCUGCCCCAGUGUUGGCUGCCCCUGCUAUCGCUACCCAUGGUGGAUGGUUGGCCCCAGGAGCCGUCGUUGCCUCUGGAUGGGGUGGCCCAGCUAAAAUCUGGGGAGGUUGGUAAGCUCAACCACUGUGACAAACGGAAGCCUCAUUAGUUUUUAAGUGUCAAUUUGAUCUCAAAAUUAAAAACAAAAAAAAACAAAAUUAUAUUUAACGGGGUUAUUUUAGACACCACCAAUUUGCAGUGUUCAGGUAUAUAAAAGUAGUUUAGUGAAUAAAUGACGUACAUUUAA